AAAAUAUCUCCUUCCCUUUCCAGUCCUCAGCACCUCCGCUUUUGCGCUUUUCCAAGGGCUCAGCGACUCCGAAAUGGACACCGGCGAGCCGACGGGUGCAGCGGUAGCGGCGGCGGGAGGGGAGAAGCGGGCGAUGCUGCUGCGGCAGAUCACCGAGGAGGGAGGCUUCGCCUUCGUGGCCUCCGCGGAGAAGGCGGCCGCGGGGGACCUGCGCGCGGCGGAGGCGGCGCGGGAUAUGGCCUGGGAGCAGCUGCACUCGGGGCCGUGGAGCGAGGUGGAGCCUGCGUGGCGGCACGCCUACGCGCUCGCUUGCCUCCACGUCGCGAGCCUUGGCGUCGGUGAUGACCGCCGCGCGGCGCUCCGAGCGCUCGACAUGGGCCUCAUCAUGGGUGGCGACCUCCUCCGCGCAGAGCUCGAAGCGGCUAUGAAGCUGGUUGCCGCCGACGGAAAUCGCGACGGCGAAGGCGACGGUGCAGGAGACGCCGGCAGAAACGUGGAGAGGUGGAGAGAAGGGUUCAGUAGGAAUCAAGACCUCGGCGAUGUGCUCAAACUUCUGCCAGUGAAAUCCUUAUCUUGUAAGCGAAUCGAGCGGCGGACAUGCAUUUCUUUGGAGGCAUUUAUACAGGAUUACUUUUUACGCGAGUCCCCUGUUAUACUCAGCGGCUGCAUUGAUCAUUGGCCUGCAAGGACAAAGUGGAAGGACAUAAAAUACCUAGAGAAGAUAGCCGGAGACCGCACUAUUCCUGUCGAGGUCGGAAAAAGUUAUGUUUGUAAUGAAUGGAGGCAGGACCUUAUCACAUUUUCACAGUUUCUUGAGAGAAUGUCAUCACCUGAUUGUUCUGGAAACUUGACGUAUUUAGCCCAGCAUCCAUUGUUUGACCAGAUAAAAGAGCUCCGUGAAGACAUAGUGGUUCCUGAGUACUGUUAUGCUGGUGGUGGGGAACUCCAAUCGCUCAAUGCUUGGUUUGGCCCUCAUGGGACUGUGACACCAUUGCACCAUGACCCACAUCACAACCUUUUUGCUCAGGUCUUGGGCAGAAAGUAUAUUAGACUCUAUCAUGCUUCGGUCUCCGAGGAUUUGUACCCUCACAUGGAAACUAUGCUAAGCAAUACGAGUCAGGUAGAUCUUGACAACAUUGAUGUUAAGGAGUUCCCGAGGACAGAAGAUCUUGAAUUCAUGGACAACAUAUUGGAGGAAGGUGACCUACUUUACAUCCCACCAAAAUGGUGGCAUUACGUGAGAUCUCUUUCUACCAGUUUCUCUGUUAGCUUUUGGUGGCGCACAUCAAUUCUUCCUUCACAGGGUUCAUGAUUUUAUUGGUUGAACCAUGUACGAUGUUUCUUUCAUCAGGUGGUAGAAAGUUCAGAGAAAAACUUAAUUGAACCCAUGUUUCAUGAUCCCCUAUUUGUGUGGGUAGAUUGCUACAUUGGGUGUAUAUUAUUAUUUUUGUGACAAUGAUUUAAAUAUUUGACUGCCAGCA